AUGAAUUUCGACGAUAUUCUGAUUAAACUUGGAGAAUUUGGAAAGUACCAAAAAAUUUUGUAUUUCCUGACAGUAUGUCUCCCGUCCGCCACAGCUGGUGUGGUCAUGGUGAUAUCUGUGUUUCUCCUUGGAGUACCGAAACACCGGUGUUUGCUUCCAUUCUAUGUAAAUGAUACAUAUGAUAUUCAAAACGAGCUCCACAGGUCACAGGUUGAUCUGUAUAUCCCGAACACCGAUCCCGAUGAUGAUACACUUCGAUACGAUAGAUGCAAUUACUAUGUGUACGACAAUUUCACCGACAUCAAUCCGAAUUCGUCGAGACAUGCAGAGAAAUGUACAAAAUGGGUGUAUAGUGAUGAUGUUUAUCAUUCCACUUUUGCAACAGAGAUGGACUUGAUGUGCAGUCAGAGGUUUAAAAUAUCCUUGGCCAAGUCAAUGUUCUUUGUCGGCGUUCUUAUUGGAGCUUUCGUUUUUGGAGUUCUUUCUGACGUAAUCGGACGGAAGAAAACUUUGUGUUUAUCAGUCAUUGUUGUAAGUGCUUCCACCAUUGGUCUGGCCUGGGCUCCAAGUUACCUAGCUUAUGUUCUCAUCAGAAUGUGUGUGGGCGCAUCCAGUGCGGGACUCUACAUGACAGGAUUCGUCCUAGGUAUGGAGUUAGUUGGUCCACAUAAGCGUCUCUAUGCCGGAACCGUGACGAAUUAUUUCUUCGCUUUUGGUUUGAUUCUACUAGGAGGCGUGGCCUAUCUGUUGAGGGACUGGUUCUGGAUUGAGCUGUGUCUGUCGAUACCCAUAGUGUUGUACAUUAGUUUCUGGUGGGUUGUUCCAGAAUCCCCAAGAUGGUUGUUAAGUAAAGGGAGGAUUGACGAGGCAGAGAAAGUGAUACGAAAGGCCGCCAAAAUAAAUCAAGUCACACUUCCAGAGAAGUUGUUCGAUAGUGACGUCACAAAGAAAACGAAAUCAUCUGGAUUAUGGAAUCUCUUCACAUCCCGUGUUCUUUUCGUGAGAACAAUAAUAAUCUUUUUCAAUUGGAUGGUCGUGACCAUGACGUACUACGGCCUAUCCCUUAACACUGGGAAUCUUGGAGGAGAUUUUUAUUUGAAUUUCUUUAUAUCUGGUUUGGUCGAAAUUCCGGCUUACACACUCUGUUUCUUGCUGUUAGACCGCUGGGGACGGAAGAAAUGUCACUGUUCAUUUAUGCUUAUUGGAGGCAUAGCGUGCAUGUGCACCAUAUUUUCAACGAGUUUUGGCGGGGAAGAUUAUCAAUGGUUAACAACAACAUUGGCGAUGAUUGGAAAACUUGGAUCCGCCGCAGCGUUUGCUGUAAUAUACAUCUUCUCUGCUGAGUUGUUUCCCACGGUAGUCCGGAAUGCCGGGAUGGGAGCCAGUUCCUGUUGCGCACGCUUGGGUGGUAUAGCUGCGCCUUAUAUUGCAGACUCGGGCGUUCUGAUUGGCGGUAAUAUCGGUGAGGCUCUACCAUUGGUUAUAUUUGGGGGAGCAUCUGUAAUAGCUGGUCUCUUGUCGCUCAAACUUCCCGAAACAUUGAACGAGAAUCUUCCAGAAACAAUAGAAGAUGGCAUUAUCUUCGGAACAUCGGAAUACAAGACAAAAUCACAAAGAUCCUUUACAAUAGAAGCCCACAUUUCGGAUACUGACAUGACACAGUUAAUGAAUUUCGAUGAUAUUCUGAUUAAACUCGGAGAAUUUGGAAGGUAUCAAAAACUUUUGUAUUUCCUGACAAUAUGUCUCCCGUCCGCCACAGCUGGUGUCAUCACGGUGAUAUCUGUUUUUCUCCUUGGAGUACCGAAACACCGGUGUUUGCUGCCAUUUUACGCAAAUGAUACAUAUGACAUUCAAAGUGAACUCCACAGCUCGCAGAUUGAUCUGUAUAUCCCCAACACCGAUCCCGAUGAUGAUACACUUCGAUACGAUAGAUGCAAUUACUAUGUGUACGACAAUAUCACCGACAUCAAUCCGAAUUCAUCGAGACAUGCAGAGAAAUGUACAAAAUGGGUGUAUAGUGAUGAUGUUUAUCAUUCCACUUUUGCAACAGAGAUGCACUUGAUGUGCAGUGAGAGAUUUAAAGUAUCCUUGGCCAAGUCGAUGUUCUUUUUUGGUGGUCAAAUUGGAGUUUUCGUCUUUGGAGUUAUUUCUGAUUUAUUUGGACGGAAGAAAACGUUGUGUAUAGCAGUUAUUGGGAUAAGCGUGUUUACUAUUGCUGUAGCCUGGGCUCCAAGUUACCCAGCUUACGUUUUCAUCAGGAUGUGUGUGGGCGCAUCCAGUGCCGGGGUUUAUAUGACAGGAUUCGUCCUAGGUAUGGAGUUAGUUGGUCCUCAUAAACGUCUCUAUGCCGGAAUCGUGACGAAUUAUUUCUUCGCUUUUGGCUUACUUCUACUAGGAGGCGUGGCCUAUCUGUUGAGGGACUGGUUCUGGAUUGAGCUGUGUCUGUCGAUACCCAUAGUGUUGUACAUUAGUUUCUGGUGGAUUGUUCCAGAAUCUCCAAGAUGGUUGUUAAGUAAAGGGAGAAUUGACGAGGCAGAGGAAGUGAUACGAAAGGCCGCCAAAAUAAACCAAGUCACACUUCCAGAGAAGUUGUUCGAUAGUGACGUCACAAAGAAAACGAAAUCAUCUGGACUGUGGAAUCUCUUCACAUCCCGCGUUCUGUUCGUGAGAACAGUGAUAUUAUUUUUCAAUUGGAUGGUCGUGACCAUGACGUAUUAUGGCCUAUCUCUUAACACUGGGAAUCUUGGAGGAAAUUUUUACCUGAAUUUCUUUAUUUCCGGUUUGGUCGAAUUUCCGGCUUACACACUCUGUCUGUUGCUGUUAAACCGCUGGGGACGGAAGAAAUGCCAUUGUUCAUUUAUGUUGAUUGGAGGCAUAGCGUGCAUGUGCACCAUAUUUCCAACCAGUUUUGGCGGAAAAGAUUAUCAAUGGUUAACAACAACGUUGGCGAUGAUUGGAAAACUUGGAUCCGCUGCAGCGUUUGCCGUAAUCUACGUCUUCUCUGCUGAGUUGUUCCCCACGGUAGUCCGGAAUGCUGGGAUGGGAGCCAGUUCCUGUUUCUCGCGCAUUGGGAGUAUAGCUGCGCCUUAUAUUGCAGACUCGGGCGUUCUGAUUGGCGGUAAAUUCGGUCAGGCUCUACCAUUGGUUAUAUUUGGAGGAACAUCUGUAAUAGCUGGUCUCUUGUCGCUCAAACUUCCCGAAACGUUGAACGAGAAUCUUCCAGAAACAAUAGGAGAUGGCAUUAUCUUUGGAACUACUUGUUGUCUUGAACUAAAUACCACGUCUAGCAGUUUGCUUUAUAACGUUCCCCAAACCUUAAAUGGUAGAAGCAUAGUUUGCAGUUCAUUCCACGGAAGAAAGAUGAAGUUUGAUGACGUAUUCAGGGAAAUAGGAGAAUUUGGACCUUACCAGAGGAGGAACUAUGCCCUGUUAGUGAUUGGCUGGAUCAUCACGUCACCCAUUAUGGUGUUGUCUGUGUUUGUGUUAGCAACACCUGAACACAGAUGCAAAAUUCCCGGGUACGACAAUGACACAUAUCAGAUUCAAAACGAGCAUCACAAGGAGAUACUCCAGCGCUACAUCCCUGUGGAUGAGAGUCAAGAUGGCGGAUAUGACCAGUGUCAUGUGUACAGAAUGGAGCAAUCAUUUGGCAAGACUAGAAAUGACAGUAGACCGACUGAAAAGUGCUCCGUCUGGGUAUACGACACAAGCCUCUUCGACGAAACAUUUGUAACAAAGAUGAAUUUAGUAUGCGAUGAUAAAUAUAAAGUUUCCCUGUCAAAAACCAUCUUUUUCGGUGGAGUGUUGGUAGGAUCGUUUUUGUUCGGAUUGAUAUCAGAUACCUUGGGUCGAAAAAAGACAUUGGUGUUAGCCAACGUGUUUGAGCUAGGAGCAGUGUUAGCGCUGGCCUGGGCAGAUACCUUCACGACAUUCGUCAUCUUACGUUUCUGUAUAGGCGUGGGUGUAGUGGGAGUAUUCAUGACGUCAUAUGUUACAGCUAUGGAGUGGGUGGGUCCGUCCAAAAGAACGGUUGCCGGAAUUGUCAUUGCUCUGAUUGGACCGUGUGGAGAGUUGUUUCUUAUCCUAUGCUCAUAUCUCACGCGAGACUGGAAAUGGAUAGUUACAAUCAUCGCCAUUCCAUUUGGUCUACACACUAUUGUUUCAUGUUUCAUUCCCGAAUCACCAAGAUGGCUUUGUGGGAAGGGACGGAAGGUGGAAGCAACUAUUGUGUUACAGAAAGCGGCUGAUGUCAAUAAAAUACAGUUCUCACCAAAACUACUAGACAAGAUCGAACCCGAUAAAAAAGAGGCAGGAAAAGUCUGGUUGUUGUUUUCGGAGAAAACUCUUGGUGUUAGGACAGCUAUUGUAUUCUAUAAUUGGAUGGUGGCCAGCAUGGUGUUUUACGGACUUGCGCUCAAUACAGGGAUGCUCUACGGAGAUUUCUACAUUAAUUUCCUGAUUAACGUGUUGGUGGAAUUUCCCGGACACCUGUUUCCACUGUUCAUGAUCGACAGAUUUGGCAGGAAAAGAAGUCACUUUGUUUACAUGGCGGUCGGUGGGUUGUCAUGCCUGAGUACAAUAUUUACUGUGAACUACGGUGGUGAGGAUUUACAGCCCCUGACGACGGCUUUAGCUAUGAUUGGAAAGCUUUUCGCCACGGCAGCUUUCGCUACAAUCUAUGUUUUGUCUGCAGAACUGUUUCCAACAGUGAUUCGUAAUGUUGGCAUGGGGUCUAGCUCUUGCUGGGCACGUGUUGGAGGAAUGAUAUCACCAUUCAUAGCAAAUACCGCUGAUUUAGUAAGUGGAAAGGUCGGAACUGCUAUACCGUUGGUAAUAUUUGGAGGGGCGUGCCUUAUCGCCGCGGGUCUCACCUUAAUUCUGCCGGAAACCCUUCAUCAAAUGCUUCCCGAAACCAUCGAAGACGGGAAAAACUAUACAACAAAAGCCUACAAAGAGAAAUCAAAGAAAUACAAAGAGGGGAUUCAAGAAGUCACUGUUCAAGACUAAGUCACUAUCAUGGCUUCGGAGGCGAACAACAUCCGUAUCAAUAGACACUGGAUGAUCAUUUCACAUAUAUAUCCACUAUUGCAUAUACAUUUAACUAUUAGCAUGUUUUCAAAGUUAAAUGAAGAUAUCCAUGAUUCUACAAUUUUCAGGAAUUAAGAUUUUCCAUGUUGUGAUAGAAAUACACAUGCUUUCAAAAUCAUUGGUGGCUUUUCGUGCAGACGUAUGUGCACAUUACGUAAAUUCAUUGAGUAUGGUUUGUUGACAUUUUCUACAUUUUUUAUACUCAUAGAAAAACAUGUCUCUUAGUAGAAUUUCAGAUGCGCUCAUUUUCACUUGUAAUGAAAUAUACAUUAUUGAUCAUAGAUGGCACUACUGCAUAACUGUGACUGCGUGCAUCAUUGGUUGUGUUUAUGUACAACAUUGGCUGUGUUGAUGUACAACAUUGGUUGUGUUAUAAUAAUAAUAAAGCCUUUAUUUAUCCAG